AUGGCCCAACCGGACAGCCCCCUAUACAUCGGCUUCGACCUUUCCACUCAACAACUGAAAGGUCUGGUCGUCAACUCCGAUCUCAAGGUCGUCUACGUGUCGAAAUUCGACUUCGAUGCCGAUUCGCGCGGCUUCCCUAUCAAGAAGGGCGUCCUCACCAACGAGGCCGAGCAUGAGGUCUUUGCACCCGUCGCACUCUGGCUGCAGGCUCUCGACGGAGUGUUGAAUGGACUACGCCAGCAAGGACUGGAUUUCCGCCGCGUCAAGGGUAUCAGUGGAGCUGGUCAGCAGCAUGGAAGUGUUUAUUGGGGCGAGGACGCGGAGAGGCUGUUGAAGAGUCUGGAUGCGAAGAAGACGCUGGAGGAGCAGCUGGAGGGAGCGUUCUCGCAUCCUUUCAGCCCCAACUGGCAGGACUCGAGUACGCAGAAGGAAUGCGAUGAGUUCGAUGCAUAUCUGGGUGGGCAGGAGAAGCUUGCCGCUGCUACGGGGAGCAAGGCACAUCAUCGAUUCACUGGACCGCAGAUUCUGCGAUUUCAGCGCAAGUAUCCCGAGGUGUACAAGAAAACAUUGCGGAUCUCGCUGGUCUCCUCGUUCCUGGCGUCCCUGUUUCUGGGCCACAUCGCGCCGUUUGAUAUCUCUGAUGUCUGUGGUAUGAAUCUGUGGAAUAUCAAGAAGGGAGCCUACGACGAGAAACUCCUGCAGCUGUGUGCAGGACCUUCCGGCGUGGAGGACUUGAAGCGCAAGUUGGGCGAUGUUCCCGAAGACGGAGGCAUCCAUCUGGGUACCAUCGACCGAUACUAUGUCGAGCGCUACGGGUUUAGUCCGGACUGCAACAUCAUCCCCGCUACGGGCGACAACCCCGCGACGAUCCUUGCGCUUCCCUUGCGGCCAUCCGAUGCAAUGGUUUCGCUUGGCACCUCCACUACUUUCCUUAUGUCCACACCUAAUUACAAGCCCGAUCCUGCUACGCACUUCUUCAACCACCCCACGACUCCCGGUCUGUACAUGUUCAUGCUGUGCUACAAGAACGGAGGACUCGCACGUGAGCAGGUCCGCGAUGCGAUCAAUGAGAAACUUGGGAAGACCACUGCUCUGACGUGGGCGAACUUCGAUAAGAUCACGCUCGAAACUCCGCCCAUGGGCCAGAAAUCCGACUCGGACCCCAUGAAACUGGGCCUCUUCUUUCCGCGCCCGGAAAUCGUGCCAAACCUCCGUGCGGGUCGAUGGCGAUUCGACUAUGACCCGAAGAGUGGCCGUCUGCACCAGACGGAGGAGGGCUGGAACAAGCCCCUGGACGAGGCUCGCGCAAUUGUCGAGAGCCAGAUGCUUUCCCUGCGCCUGCGGUCGCGCGGACUGACUCAGAGUCCCGGCGGAGGCCUCCCUGCUCAGCCGCGCCGAGUAUAUCUGGUCGGUGGUGGAUCGAAGAACAAGGCCAUUGCUCAGGUAGCUGGCAAGAUUCUUGGCGGUAGUGACGGUGUGUACAAGCUGGAGAUCGGUGAUAAUGCAUGUGCGCUGGGAGCUGCGUACAAGGCGGUGUGGGCUAUGGAGAGAACGACUGGGCAGACCUUUGAGGAUCUCAUUGGGCAGCGGUGGAAGGAGGAGGAUUUCAUCGAGAAGAUUGCGGACGGAUAUCAGCCGGGCGUGUAUGAGCGAUACGGCCAGGCUGUGGAGGGAUUCGAGAAGAUGGAAUUGGAGGUCUUGCGGCAAGAAGGGAAGCACUGA